AUGUCGAACGGAUACGAUGCCACAGACCACGCUGAGAAGGCUGUGACAGACAACCUCGAACGCCAGCGCACAGCAGGGGGGCAUGUCGAUGACCGCUCGCAGCCAUCGCUACCUGUCGUGCAUCGCACAUUCGCAAACCCGGCGCCGCUUGGUCUUCUUUCCUUCGCUACUGGUAUCUUUCUCAUUUCCAUCUUCGGUGUACACGCUCGGGAUCUCACUACGCCAAAUGUCCUCAUCGGUGUACUCAUGUUCUUCGGUGGCGUCUGCCAGUUUAUUGCGGGCAUAAUGGAGUUUGUUGCUGGUAACACGUUUGGAGCUACCGUCUUCCCAGCUUACGCAGCCUUCAACUUCUCCUACGCAAUGAUUUACAUCCCCGGUACUGGCAUCCUGGAUGCGUACAUUGACAAAGACACCGGACUGCCGAACAGCCAAUUUGGUAAUGCACUCGCAAUGUAUUGCUGGGCCUGGUUCAUUCUCACCGUCAUCUUCACCAUAGCUGCCAUGCGGUCGUCCUGGAUUCUCUUUCUCGACCUCGCUGUCUUGAGUAUCGAAUUACUUUUGUUGGCUGUCGGCUACAUGACCAACACGGACGGCGUACUGACAGCAGCAAACUCAUUGGGUUUCGUGGUUGCUCUGCUUUCAUACUGGGCCGGCUGUGCUGGGCUGUGGUCGAGUGGUCUGACACCGAUCAACGUGCCUACAUUUGCCAUGUAUCAUGAAAAGUCUUGA